AUGAUGGACAACGUCCCCGAGGAGCACAUGUACCGCGAUGAGCCCAGGAACUAUGAUGGACAGAGGGACUACCACUAUGACGAGGACGCCCGGGACAUCAGGAUGGGUGGUGGGCGUGGACACGUCAGGAGGGACAGUGAUGGGCUGGGAAGCCUGGCGGGCACGCCGACGAGUGAGCAGUUCCCGCGCCAGCAGGGCAGGGCUUGAGGUGAGAAGGAUCGGCACACGUGAUGAAUCUUAUGUUGGUAAUGGUUUAUGUGGAAAUCACGUCUCACGGAAAGAUAAAGGAGACAGACUGCUGAAAAGAUGGCAGGAAGUCGAAGUGUCUUUAAUGGUAUGAAGUCAACGCCCUUGUAAGAUGGCACGAUUGUCUUCACAAUGA